CCCGCCAAAAACCGUAUCAGUCCCUCAUUUCCGAUCUCUCUUCGUCUCUCUCGGGAUUCUUCUUCUGACCUAGCCAUGGACAUGGACAUGGAUGUGGACGUUCCUCUUCCAGAAGAGCUCGAGUUGCUCGAAGAGAGCUAUAUCAUCCACGACCAAGAAUUCGAGCACCUAGAUUUGGAGCCAUCGGAACCCUACCCCUACGAGGACGAAGAAGAAGAACCCACCCAAGCCAAAUCACCCGCUGCCGACGACUCUUCACCGUCUCCCGGAACCCUAAUCCACUGCCACAAGCGCUCCCGGUCGUUGGACGGCUCCGAUGCGCCGGUUCCCGAUAGUUCCAGGCCGUCGGACGAGAAGCGCAGCAGGAUCGCCGACGACGAGGAAGAGGAGGAAUGGCUUCGGUACUCGCCGUCAAAGGUGAUAGAUCCUGUUAUGAAGGAACCGGCGGUUGAUGAUAAGGAGGAGACGCUCCUGUGGAGAUUUGCGUCGGACAUUGACGGCGAUUUCAUUCCCGUGACGGCUCCGAGCGGCGGCGAUAGGGUUUAUGCGAAGAUGAGUAUAGAGGAGAUGAAUGAGCGCCGCGAGAAAUUGAGCUUGAGAACGCAAUCCGGAGGUCUUAUAGAGGAACCAAUCAAUGUUCUGUUGCAAAGAGUUGAGCAAGAGGCUUUCACUAAGGCCUUACAAGCUAGUUCCGGAGACCAGAAUGAUUUAGUCCUUUCUGAAACACCAGUAGUUCAUGAAAAACUUUGGGUGGAUAAAUAUGCUCCAAAUUCUUUUACUGAGCUCCUCAGUGAUGAACAGACAAAUCGGGAGGUUCUCCUGUGGUUAAAACAGUGGGAUUCUUGUGUUUUUGGUUCUGAAAUUAGGAGUACAUCAAAUGAGGUUUUGUCUGCUUUGAGAAGACAUUUAUCUGUGGGCCAACAUCAGAAAUUUUCCAAUUCUAAUUUUCUGUGGAAGAACAGAGGACCUGGAUGGAAUAAGGAAAAUUUUAGACUGUCUAACGAUUUUGAGAAAAAAUCUACUGAUUUUGAUCAAAUUAAUAGUAAUUCAAAAGUUAUCCAGGAUUUGUGGAACAAGAAGUCAAGAUCUACUGGUCCGCCAGAACAAAAGAUCCUUUUACUCUGUGGUCCCCCAGGGCUUGGAAAGACUACACUUGCACAUGUUGCUGCGAGGCAUUGUGGAUACCGUGUGGUAGAGAUUAAUGCUAGUGAUGAUCGGUCUGCAUCAACAAUCGAAGCAAAAAUCCUUGAUGUUGUUCAGAUGAACUCUGUCACUUCAGACUCAAGGCCCAAGUGCCUGGUGAUUGAUGAAAUAGAUGGAGCUCUUGGUGAUGGCAAAGGUGCUGUGGAGGUUAUUUUAAAGAUGGUAUCUGAUGAUAAGAAGUCUGAUACGGGGAAGGAGAAUGCAGCUAAAGAAGAAAAUCCACAAAAGAUAUCUGCAAAGAAGGGGCGUAAAAGUAAACCUCUGUCAAGACCUGUGAUCUGCAUUUGCAAUGACCUAUAUGCACCUGUCUUAAGACCAUUGCGGCAGGUAGCAAGGGUUCAUGUGUUUGCUCAACCAACAGUGAGUCGUAUAGUGAGCAGGCUCAAAUACAUAUGUAACAAAGAAGCAAUGAAAACCAGUUCCAUUGCACUCGCUGCACUUGCUGAUUACACAGAAUGUGACAUACGCUCAUGCUUGAACACUCUUCAGUUCCUCCAUAAAAAGAAGGAAAAUCUUAAUAUGUUGGAUGUUAGUUCUCAAGUGAUUGGAAGAAAGGAUAUGUCAAAAAGUGUCUUCGAUGUCUGGAAAGGGGUUUUCCAAAAGAGAAAAUACAAACAGAAAAGUAGAUCUAAUAUUAGCAGCCAGACAACGUCCAAUGAAUUUGACUCUUUGCAUUCCCUCAUUUCAAGCCGUGGUGAUUAUGAGUUGAUAAUGGAUGGUGUGCAUGAGAAUAUUUUGCAGCUCCCUUAUCAUGAUCCAGUGAUGCAAAAAACUGUUAAAUGCUUAAAUUGUCUCGGCAUUUCUGACCUUCUGCACCAAUAUACUUUACGCAGGCAACAGAUGCACCUUCUCGCUUACCAGCCAGCUCUCGCAAUUACUGUACACCGCUCUGUGGCCCAAGUCCAGAGACCAAAUAUUGAGUGGCCAAAAUCUUAUUUGAGAUACAGAACAAUGUUGACGGAAAAGAUGGAUACUUUAAGGUCUUGGUACUACACGAUCCCACCUUAUAUUUCAAGACAUUUAUCAAUUAAGUCUUUCGUAGAAGAAGCCGUCUCAUUACUAUUGCACAUUCUAUCACCACCAACUCUACGGCCGGUGGCGUUAAACUUGUUAUCAGAAAACGAGAAGAAUGAUCUGGAUCAGUUAGUUAGCAAGAUGAUAACUUAUUCAAUAACAUAUAAGAACGUGAAAUUAAACCCUCUGUCCAGUGACCGGAGUAAUGAAGCUUCAGAUACCUUGGGGCUAGCUUUUGAUCCCCCCAUUGCAGACUUUGUUAAUUUCAAGGGCUAUAGGUCUGGCCAUUAUGUUCUUGCCUUAGCAAUGAAGCAGGUGCUGGUGCAUGAGGUUGAAAAGCAAAGGAUCUUGCAAGUAAGUACGGCGAGAUUUGGGCAUUUAAUAGAUGGAUGUAACAAGGAAAACGAAGCUCUUUCAGGGAAGGAAACAGGCAGACUGCAACCUGAUAAAGCUAGUCAUGCCGGUCCUUGUGCUAAAAGCAUUGAGAAAACCUCAAGGCAUUCUAAUCCCAGUAUGCCUCCCACUUCAUGUAAGCCAGAAUCUAGCACAGCAAGUUUGAAAUUAAAGCCUUCCGGAGGUACAAGACGGUCUUCUGGCUUGUCCAGUUUCUUUGACAGGUUUAGAAAGCUUAGUAAAGAUUCUCAGAAUACUGAUACUGUUGUGCGGAAGGAAGAAACCUCAGAGAGAGAUUUACGUCCAUUGCUAUUUAAGUUUAAUGAGGGUUUUACAAAUGCGGUAAAAAGGCCAGUUCGCGUUCGUGAGUUUCUGCUAUGAUGAAAACAUGGUUCCUAUAAUCAAGUAAAUUCUUACCAACAGAGAGAAAAGAAGCCAGAACGAGAUCCUUCUCUUUUCUCUUGCAUACUAUCCAUCACCCCUCUUUUGUAUUUAUAUGUGUAUUUGUAUGUCAGGAAUAAGUGCCUGUAAUCUGAAAAUGAUCCAACGGACACAAGAAAAUUUGAGUUCUGCAUUUGAAAAAUCUACAUGCUCAAAAGCACAACAUACUAUGAAAUAAAAAAAGGAAACCUAA